AUGGAUUUAGCACCUCGAUAUGGAAGUCUCGAGGAUAGUAUUUUAGAUACUCAUAAUGAUGAUACUCCAAUUGAUAAAAACCGGAUUCGAGAGUCGACCGUUCCGCUGGAAUCGUCAAGCGCCAUAGAAAUAAGAACAAGUGUGCUGAGCGAAACCGGCGCCUUUGACAGAGAAUUACCUAGCUGGAACAGAAAUCAGGUCUUUUAUGCAUGGCUUUUAGUGUGCUUUUCUACAGGUCCGACAUCUUCAAUGAGCAAAGCUUACAUACCCACAGUUAUUCAAUCUCUUGCCCACGCACUCGGGCAUAAGAAAAAUACUCUCCAGAAAUGUUCUGAGCGUGGCGAUGACUGCUAUGUUAGGUUUGGCGGCGGUACUGUUCAAUACACUUCUUAUGUCCUGUAUCUGAAAGCGAUAUACACUGCACUGGAAGGCCUGGUAGCCAUUUUCGUCAUGACGUUUGCGGAUUACAGUAACUUUAGAAAAUGGUUGUUGGCAGUUUCUAUCAUUCUGUUUGGGCUGUUAGCCUGCCCUUUCGUGGCGUUGUCUAAAGAAACCUGGGCGUCAUUGACAGCAGUCUCUGUUUUGUACUGUCUAAUGCUUAUUGUGGAGACGAUCUAUCAAAUAAUAGAGGGCUCCUAUGUCCCCAUAUUUAUGUCUGCCGCCUCGCAGAAAGUUAGACCUGUGGAUGCUUCAUAUAAUCAAGGCGACGUAGCAUUGAGACGGGGCGCAAAGGUCAGCGCGCUGGGGCUGAUUAUGGGAAAUCUCGGAGGAAUUCUAGCGCUCAUCAUCGGUGUGAUAAUUAACUACACUAGUGGCACUCCGCGCACUGCUGGCUUUCACAAUUAUCUUCUGGCAAUAACCAUUGCUGGAGUGAUGACAAUGUUAAUUGGAACAGCGUCCAUAUUUUUCAUCCCCAAUUUGCGCGGACAAAGAUGGGGGCUCGACAACUCUAGACCAAAUUCAAGAGAAUUGUUGGCGCUGCCAGUGCAGAAAUUCGCAAAUAUUGCGAAAGAUGUCUGGAGAUAUAAAGAAGUCUUGAAGUUCGUGGUGGCAUGGGUGCUUUGGAAUAUAUCUUUCGCAAACUACCUGUCUGUCAACGCCCUGAUGUUCCGUUCCACAUUGGGACUGACCAAUUCCAAUGCCGAGUACACCGUGUGGCAGCUCUUGGGCAACAUUUUGGCGCUAACUGGAUCUUUGGUGUGGAUGCUGCUGUACAAUUGGCAGUGUCAGAAGAAUUCUAACACCAAUAAUGUGAAGCGUAUAAAACAAUCGCUCUACACACUGCUGUUUUUCGGAUGGUUUGCCAACUUGUGGGGGGCCCUAGGCGCGAACCCAGGCUGCAAAAUCGGGUACAAGCACAGAUGGGAGUUCUGGGUCGGUCUAGUAUUGUUCAUGAGCACCAGCAGUGCCAUCCGAUCGCUGAACCGCGUCGUCUACAGCGGGAUGCUGCCGAAGGGCAAGGAAAACGAAUUUUUCGGACUCGAGAUAAUGCUGGGACUUCUAACCGGUUGGUCCGAACCGCUGCUCAUCGCAGUAAUCAGCGACCGCACCGGAAAUUCGCGCAUGCCCUACAUACCCAAUACUCUUCUUUUCAGUGUUGCAGUCGCGAUCUACUAUUGGUGCGACAUAGAAGCUGGGAUGCGCCAGGUGGGCAAACUGUAG